GAGAAACGCCACAACCUUAAACCCUAACACCAAACUAACAACAACAAAGCUCCUCCCUUUAAUCCACCAAACCCUCACCAGACCCUUCUCCCAAUCCACCACCAUCCCAACAAAGCAAGACCGAGUCCGCGACCACGGCUACGACAACUACAUGGAAGUCGAGAAAAAAAUCCGCAAAGUCGUCAAGUUCCACUCCCUCAUCCUCUCUCAGCCCCAACACACCAUCCCAAUCUCUCUCCUCGACACCUUAGCUCGCCGCUUAGGCCUCGGAUUCAAGCAGCACGAGCCCGGAGCUUUCCUCCUCAAGUUCCCUCACGUCUUCGAAGUCUACGAGCACCCUGUCCAGAGAAUCCUCUACUGUAGAUUAACAAGAAAGGCUCUUGAUCAGAUCCGUGAUGAGCAAGAAGCUGUCCUCUCUCAGAUACCAGACGCUGUCACUAGAUUAAGGAAGCUAGUUAUGAUGUCCAACACUGGUCGGAUCCGUUUAGAACACGUUAGGAUAGCUAGAACCGAGUUUGGUCUCCCUGAGGAUUUCGAGUACUCUGUGAUUCUGAAACAUCCUGAGUUCUUUAGACUUAUUGAUGGAGAGGAGACUAGAGAUAAGUAUAUAGAGAUUGUUGAUAGAGAAGAGAGUUUAUCUCGUUGCGCUAUAGAGAGAGUUAGAGAGUUAGAGUAUAGAACUAAAGGAAUAGACGCAGAGGAUGUUAGAUUCUCCUUCCUCGUGAACUUCCCUCCCGGUUUCAAGAUUGGUAAGUACUUCCGCAUCGCUGUCUGGAAAUGGCAGAGGCUUCCUUACUGGUCUCCCUACGAGGACAUCUCCAACUACGACUUGAGAUCCUUGGAGGCGCAGAAGAGGCUGGAGAAGAGAGCUGUCGCGUGCAUCCACGAGCUGUUGUCCUUGACCGUGGAGAAGAAGAUAACUCUCGAGAGGAUAGCUCACUUCAGGAACGUGAUGUGUUUGCCUAAGAGGCUGAAGGAGUUUCUUCUCCAGCAUCAGGGGAUAUUCUAUAUAUCGACUCGUGGGAACUACGGGAAGCUUCAUACGGUGUUUUUAAGAGAGGCGUAUAAGAGAGGGGAGCUUGUGGAGCCGAACGAGGUUUAUUUGGCUAGGAGGAAGUUGGCUGAGCUUGUGCUUAUGAGUCCUAGGAAGGCUAAGGUUGAUGGUGAGCUUGUUAGGUACAGGAACGGAUUUGAUGAUGAUGAUGAUGAAGAUGAUAGUGAAUGAGAUUGUGGCAAGCUCACUCGUUGUUCUUGUGUUGAUUUGAAUUGAAGAAAGAUGCCAAACAAGAUUUGAUUACUUGAUCCGCAAGAUAUACUUUGGGCUAUUAUCUUUCUCAUCAGCAGAAUAUUCUUUAACUCAGAUUCAUAAAAACAACCUGGAAUACUUGUUCCUUGAGUCCUAUGGUUUAAGCUAAGAAUCUCCUCUUACCUUACCUGUCUACUUAUCCCAAGUCAAGAAAAAAAUAUUCUUUCUUUGCUUAUUUAUGCAAAAAAGUCCUUUUAGGAAUUCAAUAUAAAGACAAAUUUUCUUGUAAUAAAUAUCUUCAAAUGUCUUUGGUCUCUGUCGUUUUCCAUCUUCAUCAUCAGCAUCACGUGAUUGGCUAAUACAAAACUUAUUCUAUCUUUUUUUUAUUUUAUUUCACCUUCACUAACCGUGAAGAAUGGUGAAAAUGAAUGUUCGUUUGAUGAUGAUUCUGUUGAUGGUGAUGUCUCUGGCUCUGGGGUUUUCGUCGGCAGUUGACUUUAGAUGGAGGAAAGGUGGGGGGUUCUCUGGUAGAUUCACCAGAGGAGCUGGCGGCUCUUCAGUUGUGUUCCCAGUUCAUGGAAACGUCUAUCCUCUUGGGUAUUAUAAUGUUACUAUCAACAUAGGACAACCACCGAGACCUUACUAUCUUGAUCUUGACACUGGUAGUGAUCUCACUUGGCUCCAAUGUGAUGCUCCUUGUGUUCGUUGCUUGGAGGCACCUCAUCCACUGUAUCAGCCUAGCAACGAUCUAAUCCCUUGCAGUGAUCCAUUAUGCAAGGCGAUGCAUAUGAACGGUAACCAUAGAUACGAGGCUCAAGAGCAAUGUGACUAUGAGGUUGAGUAUGCUGAUGGAGGGUCUUCUCUCGGUGUACUCGUUAGAGACGUCUUCUCAUUGAACUAUACAGAAGGUCUCCGUCUCACUCCUCGUCUAGCUCUCGGAUGUGGAUACGAUCAAAUCCCAGGGGCUUCAAGUAAUCAUCCUCUAGAUGGAGUGUUGGGGCUUGGUAGGGGGAAAGUAAGCAUUUUAUCACAGCUUCAUAGCCAAGGUCAUGUCAAGAAUGUUAUCGGUCAUUGCCUAAGCAGCCUAGGAGGUGGGAUUCUGUUUUUUGGAGACGAUCUUUAUGAUUCUUCAAGGGUCUCUUGGACACCUAUGUCCCGUGAAAACUCAAAACACUACUCUCCUGCGAUGGGAGGAGAGCUUCUAUUCGGGGGAAGAACAACUGGGUUGAAGAAUCUGUUGACGAUAUUUGAUAGUGGCAGUUCUUACACUUAUUUUAACUCCAAGGCGUACCAGGCAGUCACAUACGUGUUGAAAAGAGAGCUAAGCGGGAAACCGUUGAAAGAAUCAAGGGAUGAUCACACGCUGCCUCUGUGUUGGCAAGGACGUAGACCGUUCAUGAGCAUAGAAGAAGUGAAGAAGUACUUCAAGCCUCUAGCUUUAAGCUUCAAAACCGGGUGGAGGUCAAAAACUCUGUUUGAAAUACCCCCAGAAGCUUAUCUCAUCAUCUCUAGGAAGGGAAAUGUAUGUUUAGGAAUCUUGAAUGGGACAGAGAUAGGUCUCCAGAACAUGAACCUCAUUGGCGAUAUAUCGAUGCAAGAUCAGAUGAUAAUCUAUGACAAUGAGAAACAAUCCAUUGGGUGGAUCCCAGCUGAUUGUGAUGAACUUGCUUCACUACAGGCUUCUGCUGCUCAAGUGUAUGAAUACUGAGAAAUGAUAUGCUGCUGCUCAAGCGCAUGGAUAUUGAGAAAUGGUAUCAUUGAUAAAGAGAUGUAAUAGAUUGACAACCUUUAUUGUUAUAGCUGUAUACAUAUUUGCAUGUAAUAGAUAACUUUCCGUAUCUGAAUCUGAAUCGGAUGUUGUUCAUAAUUCAUUUUGUGUGUUACAGUUAACCAAAGCUAAUAUGAACAAUUAGCUAUGAGCGCAUUUAUCCGCA